AUGGCCGACCAACUCACCGAAGACCAAAUCGCCGAAUUCAAAGAAGCUUUCUCCCUCUUCGACAAGGAUGGAGAUGGAACGAUCACUACCAAAGAACUCGGCACCGUUAUGCGUUCUUUGGGUCAAAACCCAACCGAAGCAGAACUGAGUGACAUGGUUAACGAGGUGGAUGCUGAUGGAAAUGGAACCAUCGAUUUCCCAGAAUUCUUGACUAUGAUGGCUAGAAAGAUGAAAGAUACCGAUAGCGAGGAGGAGAUCAAAGAGGCUUUCAAGGUGUUUGACAAGGAUGGAAAUGGCUUUAUUUCCAGUGCUGAGUUGCGACAUGUCAUGACCAACUUGGGCGAGAAACUUUCAGACAACGAAGUCGACGAAAUGAUCCGUGAAGCCGACGUCGAUGGCGAUGGUCAGAUUAACUAUGAUGAAUUUGUCAAGGUACGUUGCAUACUCCACCCUUGA